AUGGAGGAAGAACACGAGAAUAAUACCCGUGUCCCUGUUGAAUCUCAAGUGUCCGGUCAAAAUAAGUUAAGGAGAGUGAUUAAAGAAAUAAAAAAGCAAAUAUAUUUGACAGGACCUUUAAUUAUAGUGCAUUUUCUUAAUUUUGCUAUUGAACUUAUUUCAAUAAUGUUCGUUGGUCACGUAAGCGUGUUGACUCUCUCCGGCGUUUCCAUGGCCACUUCCUUUACUUCUGUCACUGGCAUUGGUUUAGUGAUGGGAAUUGCAAGUGCAUUAGAAACCUUGUGUGGCCAAUCAUAUGGAGCCGGACAACAUCACAUGUUAGGCAUACACGCUCAGAGAGCCAUGCUUGUUCUUACCAUUAUUUGUGUACCCAUCUCUAUUGUUUGGGCAAAUACAAAAUCCAUUUUGAUUUUAUUUGGCCAAGAUCAUGAAAUCUCCACAGAAGCAGGAAGAUAUGCUCAGUUAAUCAUUCCAUACCUUUUUGCUUCUAGUGUUCUUCAAUGUCAAACUAGAUUUCUACAGACACAGAACAUUGGAGUUCCAAUGAUGCUCAGCUCUGGAGUAGCUACUGCACUGCAUGUUGCUUUGUGUUGGGCGUUAGUGUUCAAAGCUGGCUUAGGGAGUACUGGAGCUGCCUUAUCAAAUUGUAUAUCGUAUUGGGUGAAUGUGUUGAUACUUGCGUUGUACAUAAAGUUUUCUCCAAGAUGUUCGGAAACUUGGACCGGGUUUUCAUUAGAGGCAUUCCAUAACAUUCCUUCUUUUUUGAAACUUGCUAUUCUUUCUUCUGUUAUGGUUUGCUUGGAACUGUGGUCGUUUGAAUUGAUGGUUCUCCUAUCUGGUCGUCUUCCAAAUCCAAAGUUGCAAACAUCAGUGCUUUCUAUUUGUGUGAAUACAGCAUCAACUAUUUGGAUGAUUCCGUUGGGAUUAAGUGGAGCUAUAAGCACUCGUGUAUCUAACGAGCUUGGAGCUGGUAAUCCUUGGUCUGCACGUUUGGCUGUGCGUGUGGUGUUAGUAGCAACCAUUAUUGAGGGUAUCUUGGUUGCAACACUGAUGAUAAUGUUACGUAAUAUUUGGGGCCAUGUUUACAGUAAUGACGUACAAGUGGUUAGACACGUGAGACUCAUGCUGCCAAUUCUUGCAGCAUCCAAUUUUUUGGACGGGCUACAGGGUGUUUUCUCAGGAAUUGUUAGAGGAUGUCGACGGCAAAAAAUGGGUGCUUUUAUUAACUUAGGGUCAUAUUACGUAGUUGGAGUUCCGUCCGCUAUUGUAUUAGCUUUUGUUUUACAUCUUGAAACAAAGGGACUCUGGCUUGGAAUCAUAUGUGCCCUUGUUGUUCAAGUACUUAGUCUCAUGAUCAUAAUUCUUAGCAUUGAUUGGGAGAAGGAGGCAAGCAUAACUAUGGAAAGAAUUAAUAAUUCAGGAGAGAUAAGUAUGGAAAGAGUUAGUAAUUCAGUAACAUCAAAUGUAAUCUAG